GGGACAGGGUUAAAAAGAAAAGGGGCCGCGCUGGGCAUGCCGGGUAAGCGGAGGCGGCCAUCUUGACUUCCUGUCAGCGGCUGAAGGAGACAGCGCGGUCAUGAAGCUGGUCAGCAGCGCCCGGUACCUCUCUAGGAGGCUUUACUCUGCUACAGCAGCAGCAAAGUCUGAAGCUGCCGGAGGAGCACGUCUUCUGCCUGAGGAGCCUGAGAUCACCAAAUUGCCCAAUGGACUGGUAAUCGCAUCUCUGGAAAACUAUUCCCCAGUUUCUAAAAUUGGAGUAUUUGUAAAGGCUGGAAGCAGAUACGAAAAUGCCAACAACUUGGGUGUUAGUCAUGUCCUGCGCUUGGCAUCAAACCUGACUACAAAGGGGGCCUCUUCUUUUAAAAUAACUAGAGGAAUAGAAGCUGCUGGUGCCGGACUGAGUGUAACAGCUACAAGAGAAAACAUGGUUUACUCUGUGGAAUGUCUGAGGGACUAUGUUGAUACUGUAAUGGAGUAUCUCAUCAACGUCACUACAGCUCCUGAGUUUAGAAGAUGGGAAGUGACUGACAUGACUGGCCGAGUAAAGGUUGAUAAAGCUGUGGCUUAUCAAAACCCACAAGUCGGUGUCUUGGAAAACUUACAUGCUGCAUCCUACCGCAAUACACUUUCUAACUCCUUGUUCUGCCCUGACUACAGAAUUGGAAAAGUGUCUCCUGAUGAGCUACAGCAAUUUGUACAGAAUCACUUUACAAGCGCAAGAAUGGCACUGGUUGGAUUAGGUGUCAGUCAUUCUGUCCUUAAGCAAGUUGGAGAACAAUUCCUUAAUGUCAGAAGUGGUGCUGGUUCUGCUUCUGUGAAGUCUCAGUAUCGUGGAGGUGAAAUCAGAGAGCAGAAUGGAAAUGAUCUGGUCCAUGCUGCUGUUGUUGUAGAAGGAGCAUCUGUAGGAAGUCCUGAAGCAAAUGCAUUCAAUGUUCUCCAGCACAUUCUAGGUGCAGGCCCUUACAUCAAGAGGGGAAGCCACACCACCAGCAAAUUGUCUCAAGCUGUAUCCAAGGCAACUAAUCAGCCUUUUGACGUUUCUGCAUUCAAUGCUAACUAUUCAGAUUCUGGUCUUUUUGGAAUUUAUGCUAUAUCUCAGGCAGCCACUGCAACGGAUGUGAUUAAUACUGCAGUCAACCAGGUUAAUGCUGUUGCACAGGGCAGUGUUACAGAGGCUGAUAUUGCAAGAGCCAAGAACCAGCUAAAAGCCCUUUACCUUCUGUCCGUGGACAAUUCUUCAGGGCUGUUAAAUGAGAUCGGCUCGCAGGCACUGGCGUAUGGCUCUUACUCAUCACCAUCUACCGUCCUCCAGAACAUAGAUGCUGUGACUAGUGCUGAUGUUGUAAAUGCUGCAAAGAAAUUUGUCUCUGGAAAGAAAUCCUUGGCAGCUUCAGGAAACUUGGGAAAUACUCCUUUUGUCUCUGAUCUGUAAAGUCUGUUGAGUCACCAGUGGAACAGCAAGAUCUGUUGCUAAGAGUUGACAAGUGGACCCUUUGCGUAGAUGUAUUUUAUCCGCAACAUGUCACUCAAAUUAUUUAUGACAUCAAGCCAUACCUGUAAGUGCUGAUGUGGAAUCAACAAAAGCAUCAGAUCAUGAUUUAAUGGGGGAAUGAGCUGAUAUGUCUGUGUGUUCCAACAUUAACAUACAAUAAAAGAUUACUAUUUCUAUCA